UUGGUCCUCUCUCUGCCGAUUAACGAAGUCUUUUGCUCCAUCACAAAAGUUCUCUCAAGAGCUAAAGAGGCUAAGAGGGAGAAAAUCAAUUCUAUUGAUUCGCGGUUACCGCUACGCUGUCGUCAUGGAUCAAGUGUCUGUUCCCGCUUCUCUUCAUUCGCAAGCCAUGUCUGUUAUUAAGUUUAAUGGGCUUAACUUCAAUGAAUGGUCUGAACAAAUUCAGUUUCACCUUGGUGUUCUGGAUCUUGAUUUGGCGCUCUUAAGUGACAAGCCUGGUGAUCUUAAUGAUGAAAGUACUGCUGAGCAAAAAUCUUUCCAUAAAGCUUGGGAAAGAUCUAACAGACUAAGCCUAAUGUUUAUGCGAAUGGCUGUAGAAAACAACAUCAAGUCCACAUUUAAGAAAACUGAAAAUGCUAAGGAAUUUAUGAAGUAUGUGGAAGAAAGCUCUCAAUCUGACUCAGCUGAUAAGUCACUUGCUGGGACACUAAUGGGUACGUUAACCAAUAUGAAGUUUAAUGGUUCUCGUACCAUGCAUGAGCAUGUCGUCGACAUGACAAACAUAGCAGCAAGAUUGAAGACCAUGGGAAUGGAAGUGAAUGAAAAUUUCCUAGUAACGUUCAUCCUUAAUUCCUUACCUUCGGAGUAUGGCACAUUUCAUGUCAAUUAUAACACUCUGAAGGAUAAAUGGAAUGUGCAUGAAUUACAAAGCAUGCUCAUUCAAGAGGAAGCAAGGCUUAAGAAAUCAGGAGAUCAUUCAGUUAAUCUCGUUGGUCAUAAAGGAGCUGGAAAGAAACCAUGGAAGAAGAAUGGAAAGGUCAAGCAAGGACUGUCAAAGAUCAACCAGUCAUCUGACCAAAUCCACAAGAAGGAAUCAAGCAAGGAUACAUGCCGGUUUUGUAAAAAGGCUGGACACUAUCAAAAGGAUUGCCUGAAGCGUAAGGCAUGGUUCGAAAAGAAAGGGAUUUCUUACGACCCAAACCAUAAGCCAAAAUGAGAAGUUCAUCUUUAUGGGAAAUCGAGUCAAGGCUCCUGUUGAAGCUAUUGGAACUUAUCGUUUAAUUUUAGACACCGGACAUCAUUUAGACCUUUUUCAAACAUUUUAUGUUCCUUCAAUUUCUCGCAA